GAAGCACAGUGUAUACUGUAACCAGAUAGCUUUAACGUUAGCCAGAAUUGUUAGAUCAGAACCUGACCGUCAUUAAGCCGGAUAAGUCGAAGUUUGGAAAUAUGAAUUGUUAUAGAUGUGACUUGUUGUUUAGGCUCGUAUUGAUUCGGAGUUCACGACUCACUCGAUCCUGUUGUAAGAAAUUAAAUGUACGAUAACUGUAGAUAGUUAGCCAGUUAGCUAUUACAGUUGUUUCCUAAUUAGCUAUCUGGCUAGCGUGUUUUCAAGCAAAACACUGGAAGGGUGUGUUGGCCGUACAGCUAAGAAAUUAGCUUCGAGUAUACUACGUCUGUCGCAACGACUUAAACUCGUAAUUUAGCUAACUGACAAGAGCAUGUGAUGUUUGCUUGCUAGUUAUAUACCAACUGUUUUGGAUGCGUAAGUGACUAAUCUGAACAAACAUUAAGUCCCUUUCAGUCCAUCGACCGUUUUAAAACUGCAGUUCGAACACCAGCUGUGUUUUUUUGAACUAGUUGUAGUAUUUAGCAUUGGGUAGUCAGAAUAGUCAACUACGUAACAUUGUCGUACAAUUCCGUUUUACAUUGAGUACGCUCUGACUUGUUUACAACCUGGACGGAUGUGACUGCAAAGCGAAUCUAUCGCUGUUACCGACGCAGCACUUUCGACACAAGCAAUGCCGGAGGCGUCUUUCAUGUCGACAUCUAUGAUGUUAAUCCACCUAAGAACGAAAUAUCCAAGGUCAAUGGAUCACAGCAAUCAAGCACUCAACUUUGUUGCUAGACCUCAUCAUUGUGACCGCUGUCCAGCUGAAACCACUGCAGAUUUAAUUGCUGAAAUGAGCCUGCAGCAUGCUGUCCAUUUGCACAUCAAGGGGAUAAGAGUUGAGGUGGAGUGUGUGCCAGCAGCCCAGCCGUGUCCACCACAAACUGAGCAAUGGGGAACACUGCAACCAAGUUCCGGAAGGCACUCAUCAAUGGAGAUGAGGGUCUGGCCUGCCAGCUGUAUGAGAGCAAUCCCCAAUUUAAGGAGUCACUGGACCCCAACACUUCAUACGGGGAGCCGUACCAGCACAACACCCCCCUGCACUAUGCCUCCAGACAUGCUAUGAGUCGACUGUUGAGAUCCUUCCUAUUUUGCAAAGAUGGAAACCCCAACAAGCGCAACAUUCACAAUGAGACCGCCCUACACCUACUUUGCAUGGGACCACAGAUCCUGCUGUCAGAAGGUGUGCUCCUCCCACGCAUUACCCGCCCCUUUGAAGAUGAGCAGAAGCGUGCUGACUGCCUCCAGAUGAUCCUCAAAUGGACUGGUGCCAAACUGGACCAAGGGGAGUAUGAGAGAGCCAAUAUCAAUGCCACUGACAACAAGAAAAACACCUGUUUGCACUAUGCAGCCGCCUCAGGGAUGAAGAUCUGUGUGGAGUUCCUGGUGAAGAGCAAUGCAGACCUGUUUGCAGAGAAUGAAAACAAGGAGACACCAUGCGACUGCGCUGAAAAACAGCACCACAAGGAGUUGGCACUCAGCCUUGAGGCUCAGAUGGUCUUUUCUAUGAACCCAGAGGUUGAGAACAUCGAGGCUGAGUAUGCUGCCCUUCACCACAAAGAGCCAUAUGAGGGCCUGAAGCUGCAGGAUCUCCGUAAGCUGAAGGACAUGCUGAUUGUGGAGACGGCUGACAUGCUCCAGGCCCCACUCUUCACUGCUGAAGCGCUGCUCAGGGUACACGACUGGGACAGGGAGAAGUUGCUGGAAGCCUGGAUGUCCAACCCUGAGGACUGCUGCCAGCGAUCAGGUGUUCAUAUGCCAACCCCACCCCCCAGUGGGUACAACGCUUGGGACACCCUACCAUCCCCUCGGACGCCCCGUACCACCCGUUCAUCUGUCACCUCGCCUGAUGAAAUCAGCUUAUCACCUGAAGAUGAGAGCAUACCCCUGUGCGGCAUCUGUAUGAGUGCCAUCUCUGUGUUUGAGGACCCCAUUGAUAUGUCAUGUGGGCAUGAGUUCUGCCGAACAUGCUGGGAAGGGUUUUUGAAUCUGAAGAUCCAGGAGGGAGAAGCACAUAACAUCUUUUGUCCAGCCUAUGACUGCUUCCAGCUGGUUCCUGUGGAGGUUAUAGAGAGUGUGGUUUCCCGGGAGAUGGAUAAGCGCUAUCUGCAGUUUGACAUAAAGGCAUUUGUGGAGAACAAUCCUGCGAUUCGAUGGUGCCCUACGGCGAGAUGUGAGAGAGCAGUGCGACUUAUACAACAGGGCGCUGGUGCCAUUACCUCGGAUUCCCUCAGCUUCCCCAUACUCCGAGCUCCUGCAGUGGAUUGUGGGAAAGGGCAUAUCUUCUGCUGGGAGUGUCUAGGAGAUGCCCAUGAACCAUGUGAUUGUCAAACCUGGAAGAUGUGGCUCCAGAAAGUGACUGAGAUGAAGCCAGAAGAAUUGGCUGGUGUGAGUGAAGCUUAUGAGGAUGCUGCCAAUUGCCUGUGGUUACUCACCAACUCCAAACCCUGUGCCAACUGCAAGUCACCAAUUCAGAAGAAUGAAGGCUGCAACCACAUGCAGUGUGCCAAGUGCAAAUAUGACUUCUGCUGGAUCUGUCUGGAGGAGUGGAAGAAACACAGCUCCUCCACAGGGGGGUACUAUCGCUGUACCCGCUAUGAGGUCAUCCAGCAGGUGGAAGAACAAUCCAAGGAGAUGACAGUGGAGGCUGAAAAGAAGCACAAGAGCUUUCAGGAACUGGACCGCUUCAUGCACUACUACACACGCUACAAAAACCAUGAGCACAGCUACCAGCUAGAGCAACGUCUUCUGAAAACUGCCAAAGAAAAGAUGGAACAGCUGAGCAAAGCCUUCAGUGGAAGGGAGGGCACUGCACCUGACACCAUGUUCAUUGAAGACGCUGUACAUGAGCUUCUCAAGACUCGCCGCAUCCUCAAGUGCUCUUACCCAUAUGGCUUCUUUCUGGAACCCAAAAGCACAAAGAAAGAAAUAUUUGAACUUAUGCAGACUGAUCUGGAGAUAGUGACAGAGGACCUUGCUCAGAAAGUCAACCGCCCUUACCUCCGCACACCACACCAUAAAAUUAUCCGUGCUGCCUGUCUGGUUCAACAGAAGAGACAAGAGUUCUUAGCAUCUGUUGCUCGGGGUGUGGCUCCCAAUGACUCUCCCGAAGCCCCUCGUCGCAGUUUUGCCGGUGGGACAUGGGACUGGGAGUACUUAGGCUUCGCUUCUCCUGAGGAGUAUGCAGAGUUCCAGUACCGAAGACAGCACAGGCAGCGGCGGCGUGGAGAUAUGCACAGCUUGCGCAGCAGUACCCCAGAUCCCGAAGAUCCCAGUGGCAGCACUUUAGAUGCCCUUGAAGGUGGUGGUGGACGGAGACAUGGGCCCUCCAUGGUGAGUUCAGCUUCUGGCCUUAAUUCUCUGGAUGAGGAUGACCCCAAUGUCCUGCUGGCUAUUCAGCUGUCUCUGCAGGAAUCUGGGCUGGUUAUGGAUGCUGAGACUCAGGAGAUCCUCAACAAUGAAGCCUCCAUGGGAGCGAUUGGCACCUCUCUGCCAUCCAGACUGGACCCUGUGCUGCCCAGUGUGGAGCUGCCUCGUGGUGCCUUGAGCAGCUCUGAGCUCCUGGAGCUGGGAGACAGCUUGAUGAGACUGGGAAACAUUACCAGUCAAUACACCCCUGAGCCCUUUGAUAACCUGCAUCCCUUCGGUGAGUCUCCAGGAGGCAUCUUCUCCUCCUCCAGUGACACAAACUCCACUUGCCAUGAGCCUACCACCAAUGCCAACCUGCUUGGCAACAUCAUGGCCUGGUUCCAUGACAUUAACCCUCAGAGCAUUGCAUUCAUCCCCUCCGCCUCCUCAGACCCUCUCCUGGACAUGCAGAGGGACCCUGCAAUGCAGGACAAUGUAGAUGGGGGAGAUCUGUCAUCCCAAACUGGGGACGAUGCAGUGGGCCUCACCCAGCUGGAGUUGGAGGGCAUGGCCACUGUGGGUGUCUUGAACACAGAGCCUGACAACAGACAAGUUGACUGUAAUGCUGAUCCCAGUCAUCCUGAUGUCCCUGAAUGUGAGUCUCUUCCUGACCUUCAACCACACAGCCCUGAGUGGGAGGAGCAAGUCCACCUGGUUUGAGAGCCUCCUGUAAUAUCUAUACCCACUAUCACACAGGAAAAUUAUCAACUGUGGCAGCAACUGAACAAAAAAAAUGUUUUGGGUAGCACAUUGGGAGAGAAACUGUUUUGAUUUAAAAUCUAAAGCAAAUUGUAGACUGCUGAAAUCAGAAAAAAAAUGUAUACAUGUACUAGAUGUGGAUAAAAUAAUUGUUUGUAAAAAAAAUUUAAAAAAAAGUUGGCAAGAACACAAAGAGAGAAUUGAGAUGCAAACUUCAUGUAAAUGAGAAAGCAAAUGAUUUUUGUAUGUUGUUUCUCAUAUAUGGAGUAGUAUAUAUGUGGGAUCCUUGGGAUCAGAGUGGUUUUUUUCACUAGAAUGGGACACUAGUUGCAGGGUGCAAGUGACUACUGGACAGGAGUCUUUAACUUUUGCUCAGAGAUUGGUGACUGUGAAUUUGACCAGGAAACCUGAUCUCAUUCCCAUCAACCUUUUUCUGCCUGCCUAUUUCUGUCAGAAAAGGUGCCAAGCUGCAAUUUGUCUAAGCAUAAUGCACUCCAGAAGGAACCAAGGUUAUAACAUGCAUAUUGUGCCUACAUUGCUAAGAACCAAUCAGAACCCCCCUUCCCCUGAAAUGAUCCAUUAGUAUUUAUGUAAUUAACACAAAAUAGACUUUUAACAGUUAAAGGAAGAAAUGAAAAACAGUGAAGUCUGCAUUUGAAAAAUCACAGUCCGGACUUUGGAAAUUCAAUCAGAAAUUUGGAAAUUCAAUCAGCUAAUUUUUUUUACAUAACUUAAUCAUAAUGGAAUAGACAAUGAUGGCUACAUUUGGAAACUCACUUAUUAAUGCUGCAGCUGAUCCCUAAUGGUUUUCUACUGAAUGUGCCUUUAUUUGGAUUUAUGUGUUUUUUAGUUAUUGCCACAUUUCAGAAGUACCUCAGCAUUGAAGUAUAAACACACUUCACACUUCUCACAGUAAGUUCAUAUAAAUCAAAUGAAGUGUAUUGAAAUGACAUUUAAAAUUAACAUAUAAUACAUUUAACAUAUUUUUGUCUUUAAACCUCAUUAACUGUUUAGAUUAUUUAAAGACAUUUUGAUGCACCAGACAUAGCAUGUACUGUGCAGUCUCUAAGUAUUUGGCCAGUAUUUUUGUUGUUUUGGCUCAUUGAAUGAUGACUACAAAGUCACUGAAUUCCACCUACCCCUCAAAUUAAAGCUGCUAAUCUGUACAUUAAACCUCAUAUUCAUCAUGUUAUUUAAAAUACAGUGUGCCGGAGUACAGAGCCAAAACUACAAAAAAUGUGUCACUGUCCAAGUACUUAUGGAUGACAGUUGUAUUUAAAUUGAUUAUAUCUAAUCUAAAUGAAUUAUAUCUAUGUAACAUUAUGAGUUGUCCAUUUAAUUGUAAAUGUUAACAGUUUUUGACUUAUAGUGAGCUCCAUAACAUUUGGGACAGAGACAUUUUUUCUAUACUCCACAAUUCAGAUGUGGCCAAAGUGCACAUUCUCUGCAUACUCUUUGGUUUCACCAUGUAGAAAUAACAGCACUUUUUAUAUUUAACAGCACCAUAAUGUUUGGGACAUAGUGUCAUGUUGAGUGUUUUGUCACAUGAUGCCAUCCGGAAGCAGAUGCUUGAAUUUAAACAGAUAAGGUGCUUCGGUACACUUCAGAAUUCAUCCAGCUGCUGCUAGCAGAAGUUUUUUUAUUUAUUUUAUUUUUUAUUUAACCAGGAAAUCCCUUGAGAUCAAAAUCUUUUUCUCUUUUUUGAGGGAGACCUGGCCAAGCACACCAUUACAAAGUUACAAUGAAGCAAGUGAGCUAACCCUUACCAUAAACAUGCAACAGCCAUACAUGCCCAAUCCAUAGCACCCUCACCACCAUAUUUCACAGAUGAGGGGGUGUGGUUUUGGAUCUUGAGCAGUUCUUCGCCUCCACAAUAGCCUCCACUCUGAUGCAAUUGAAUCUUGGUCUCAUCUGUCCACAAGAUAUUUUCCCAGGACAGGCACUUUUAGUAUGGACAGUUAUAUUUAAAUCUACAUCUAACUUAAUGAGUUGUUGUGUAUCUCCAUUUAUUUGUGAAUGUUAACUGUAACCUUUAACAGGUUAGCCUCAGCAGUUAACCUUAGUAUAUUAGUACCUUGGAUACGUCUUAGCAAAUAUUGACCAAUGUAAAAAGUGCUGCAAUUUAUACAUGGUGAAAUUGAAGUGUAUAAAUAAAAGCUGAGAAUGUAUGUUUGUUAGUCUGUCUGGAUUACAAAUCGAAAAUUGAGGAAUACGGACCCAGGUCAAGAAAAAAGUCUUUGUCCCAAACUUACUGCACAUGAGGCAUGCACAGAAAGAAAUGUGCAAACUAGUUAUAGAGAAGUGCAAUGCUGUGAGAAAUUGGGAAAGCAAUUUUAAUGUCCAGAAAUAAUAAAAGAAUUGUGGGAAAUAUCCUAAAUAUUUUAGAAAUGUUGUAAUCCUUAUUUGAAAUGGAAAUUCCCUCUAAAUUAUUGUAAAUUUCACAAAGAAAUACAUUGUUGGCUUUGUUGUGUUAUGUUAAAAUAGAAUCCCGAAUCUCAUGAAAGUUUCAAAUUUUAAAUUCAUAUCUCAAAUUUUGUUUGUGGCUGUUUUGAAAUCAGAACAGCAAGAAAACAAACAUAUUACAAUGGAAUGUCUCUUGCAAAAGUGAAGCUGUGUAAAGAGUGCUAUAUAUGGACUUAUUAAAAUUGGUGUGGGAUUCUUCUGGAAUUUUAUGUUGUCUGCUGCAGUGUAACUAUGCAGUAUGAAAAGGGGCAUACUAAAUUAUGUUUGUAUUUUCUUGGUACAAGUGAAAAGACAAAUUAUUAACAUGAAAAAUUAAGUAUUUUAUUGCCCAGUAAAAUUUUAUAUAGUAAAACAACUUCUUGAAAUGUUGUUUGCACUUUCAUAGUCCUAUACUUGAUACAUUCCCAGUUUAUAUGUAAUAAAUAAUGUUGGAUGUCUGGCCAAUCAAAGAAAGGUUUACUCAAUAAAAUUUGCCUAAAAUGUGAA